GUAGUUAACCAAACAUGUCUACUCCAAAUCCAAUACAGUACAGUUUCAUAGUUCAUACAACAAGUAACAGUGUAUCAUCUAUGAGAUCACAGUUGCGCAGCUGCGGCUGAAGACUUGGAUGACGUUGUGGCCCACUGAUUCGGGAGCCCACAUGUCACAGGGGAGAAGAACUCGCACAGCUAUUCGAACGCCUCGGGCGGAGCGCCUAGGACGAACUAGCCGUUAACCUCCGGGCUCCAGCCUCCAACGUUCCCUUUUCGCAUCGCCCUGCCGGCUGCCGCUCGCCCUUUUCUCUGUUUCCCAAUUCCCAUACGCAUGGAAACAUCUCGUCGACCCAAACCCAUCCACCCACAAGGCGGAAUACACGAUCCAGUCCGAUCCUCGCCCCGCGCGCUGCUCCAAACCCUGGCGAUGUCGACGGCGGCGGCCGCGAAGACUCCGAUCAAGGCCCUGGGCUCCGCGGCCGCGGGUGCCAUGACUCCGACCAAAUCUCAGGCCCCCGCGGCGGCCAAGACGCCCUGUACCUCUCGCGCGCGGUCCUCCCACGCAUCCGAGAAUUCCAACCCCAACAUCCCGGGCACGCCGCCUCCCCCGCAGUCGACGCCGUCCAAGCCCAGCCUCAAGUCCCCGGCGGGCGCGGGAGCCAGGUCCGCCACCGCGAAGAAAAAGCCCUCCACGCCCGCGCCCGCCGCGCCACCGCUGGAGCGGGAGCGGGAGCGGCGAUUCCUCGUGGCGAAGAAGGGCGCGCGGCGGAGGCGCAACGUCGGGACCAUGGGAGGCGGCGGGGGCGGCCGCGGGGGAGAGAUCGACUUCGACAAGUGCCGCGAGGCCGCUCGCGAGGCGCUGCGCGCGUCGCAGGGGGAGUUCUUCCGCAAGGAGGUCGCCGCAUCCACAGCCACCGGAGAGGAUCAAUUGGGACAGGAGGAGGAGGGGAAGCCGCUGGCUGACGAGGAUGUGAAAGGUGGAGCAUUCGAGGAGCGGCAGGAGGAGGAGACCGACGCGGAGCUGGAGGGGAGCAGCAAGGUUAGGGCGAUGAGGACGAAGGCGAUGGCUAAGGCGAUGAGCAGCGUUCCGAAUCCUGGCUCUGGCCGCGUCAAGCAUAUGGUGCAGGCCUUCGAGAGCCUGCUCAACAUCUCCGGCGCCACCUCCGAUGCUGAAAGGGCCGGUGAGGGCUCAUGGGCGCUGCCCGGGUUGCAGCUAUGGAAGGAGGAUGAUAAGGGUGAUCUGGGGUUCCCACCAGUGUCGGUGUUCUCUUCUGCUGAUUUCCAGAAUGCAGGGUCUAAUCGACUCUGCUCGUCACUAGAUGGAAACACCGUCAGGUCGAGCUGGGACAGCAGAACAUCGACUGGCGAGUGCAGCAGGAGAAAUUCAUCUGAGUCACUAAGGAGCAGAACAUCGGCUGGCGGGCGCAGAAGCAGGAGAAACCAGUCAUCUGAGUCACUAAGGAGCAGCUGGAACAAAAAGCUCAAGGUCACCAGCCAGCAUCCAUUCAAGUUGAGGACAGAGCAAAGGGGAAAGUUUAAGGAACAGCAGUUCGUCCAAAAGGUGCAAGAGAUGCUUGCAGAGGAAGAGAAGAAGCGUAUUCAUAUUGCGCAAGGAUUGCCAUGGACUACCGAUGAACCCGAGUGUUUGAUAAAGCCUGCAGUCAAAGAAAGAACUGAGCCGAUAGACCUUGUUUUGCAUAGCGAUGUGCGUGCUCUUGAACGUGCAGAAUUUGAUCAGCACGUUUUGGAUAGGAACAAGUUUGCUGAGCAACAAAGAUUAGAAUGGGAAAGGCAACAGGAAUUAGACGAAGAAGAAAGGAUAAGGCAACUGAGGAGAACCGAGCUGAUUCCUAAAGCUCAGCCCAUGCCAUACUUUGACCGCCCAUUCAUCCCCAAAAGGUCCACAAAACCUCCUACAGUUCCCAUGGAACCGAAAUUCUACCUCAGGCCAGAAAAGUUAUCCUGCAAUGUAUGGAACUUGGAAAGCUGAAUCCACAACAUCAGUGCCAACAUCCGCUGUGGCAAUCGAGAAAUGCAGAGCAUCGACACACAUGAUCCAACAACUGUUUCCAUUUCCUGGCAUCGUCUUAUUCAUUCUUGAUUCGUCUUCUUCCAUGUGCGAAGAAAUUGCUAUCAAGCGUGUUUUUGUAGCUUUGCUUGGAUCGCCUUGCCUCCAAGUUCUGUUAAUCGCUGGCUCUGUGCUUCAGAUGCAAUCCCACCGAGGUUUGAAAUUUGUCGUUCAAGAAACUGAUAAGGAAAUUCAAGGAUGAAUUUUCUGUGGUAUAUUAAUAUGUACUUUAAUGUUGGUUCUUGCCCGCUAUGCAUGAGCCCGGCAGUCCCAGUGUGCUUUUAUAUGGUAGUUUCUAUUUGUGCUUAAGUAUAUAAUAUAAGAGAAAAAUAUGUUGUAUAUGAGUUUAGAACCAACAAUUAUGGUUCGAACCUUUAUGUCUGCAUGGUUUUGGCA